UAGUCCUGUGCCAGCUACAGCAUGCAUGUCUGCCUAUCUGUUGUUUUGUGGCUUCGUGUCUGAAUGCACGUCGCGCUUUGAGCUCCAGCAUCUGCUUCUCAUCUAGCAGCUCGUUCGGCUCCGCACCAAGAGGACGCAGCAGCCAGCCUUCAUUCUGGAGGGAAAGGCCCCAGUCGAGUCCAGUGGGGGGGAUGGGGGAGGCGGGGAGCCUGGUUCCCUCAGCCCUGGCCCUGCUGCUCUGCCUCUGACCUCGGCAGAAAGGACCUGGCAGAGCGAGAGCCUGCUGGCAGAGUCCUGGUCCACCAUGGGCGACAUGGACCCCGAGGACAACAACAGCCUGGACAGCAAUGACGAGGUGGUUCUGGGCGGCGAGGAGAACCACUCCUCCAACUCUGACAUGGUCCACCUGGAGUCAGAAGAGGCCGAGAUGCUGGAGGAGGCAGAGAAGGAGGAGGGGGUGAAGAGAAUGGAGGAAGAGGAGGAAGACGAUGAGGAGCUGCAGACGAGUGUGUUGAGUGUUUUGGGUGGGGAGAGGGAGCUGGUGGAGCUCAGGGAGGAGGGGCAGGACCUCCACGCCCCAGAAACUGAGGAGCUCCUGGUGACAGCAGAGGAGCCCCACAUGGAGGAGGAGCCUGCAGAGUUCAUGCAGGUGGUUCCCCCGAUGGCGCUGCCUCCUCUGCCAAUCGUCAAGCUCGAUCCCCCCUCCGCUACAUCCACCCCGGUCCCUUCAACCACAACCUCUGAAGCUGAGGAGCACUACUCCACUCAGGGGCUCCACCCUCCUUCUAUCCUUGCACGGAUGGCAGAGGAGCCUCCGUCACAGAGCAUCGAGCAACAGUUCUCACAGAUUCACCUCUCGGAUGCGGAGGAACAUUCAGUCAAAGCCUCUGAAGUAGAACCAGAAAAGCCGGAGCCACCGCAGCCAACUGCUCCCAAGACUGCCAAACCUCUGAGCUCCACCGAGCUGCUGUGUGGAGGCGCUGCUUUAGUCGCUGUUGUGGGAGUAGUGGCUUACGGUGCUGUGGCCUACUGUAGAAAAUAAUUUCUUUUAACCCUGAAUCACCUUUUCAACACAGCUUUUUAAAUCUACUCCAAAUGAAAAUAUUCCACUUCACUCUUCAAAUUCAGGAUUUCAUUCUCUGGCACUCUCUGGUGUUUUAGUGAUUAUUAGACACACUUUAUUUCAGAUCUGUGCUACCUCAGCUCACAGCAGAGCUCAUGGCCUUUGUUUUUUCUGUGUACAGCAGAUCUCUAAAAUGUAAACAUGGAAUGUAAAAUCAUGUAAAGAUAGAAUUUUAAAGAAUGCUGAAACUUGAAAUGUU